AUGGGUUGUGUGCAGGGCAAGUUUUGCUGUUGUGACCGUUCUUCAUCAGAGGAUGGUUCUAGGGAUUACCGAGAAACUGGCUUCGUUCGUAGCCACAGGAAGAGCAUUCUCGCUCAGAGAUCACUGAAGCAUGCUACCGUUCCUUCCCACAACUUCAUUUUGGAAUACACUUUUCUCACUCAGCGGGGAUACUACCCUGACUCACUUGAGAAAGAAAACCAAGAUAGUUUCUGCAUUAGUACACAACUCCAAGGUAACCCCAAUGUCCAUUUUUUUGGUGUCUAUGAUGGACAUGGUCAAUUUGGUAGCCACUGUUCAAAUUUCGUUAAGGAUAGGUUGGUAGAGAAGUUGGUAAAUGACCCUGCAUUGUUGGAGGACCCUGUUCAAGCUUACAAUUCUGCAUUCUUGGCAACGAACCAAGAAUUACGUAGUAGUGAGAUUGAUGAUUCUAUGAGUGGUACCACCGCGAUAACGGUACUUGUUAUAGGUGACACCCUUUAUGUUGCUAAUGUUGGUGAUUCGAGAGCGGUGCUCGCUGUUAAGGAUGGGAACCGCAUUCUUGCGGAGGACUUGUCCUCUGAUCAGACGCCGUUUCGGAGAGAUGAAUAUGAGAGAGUGAAGCUUUGUGGGGCAAGGGUGUUGAGUGUUGAUCAGGUAGAAGGGCUCAAGGAUCCAGAUAUCCAGAAUUGGGGUGAUGAAGAGAGUCGAGGAGGUGAUCCUCCCAGAUUGUGGGUUCAUAAUGGGAUGUAUCCUGGUACUGCAUUUACAAGGAGUAUAGGGGAUAGUUUGGCAGAGACUAUUGGUGUCACUGCUAUUCCUGAGGUGAAAACUGUUCAGCUUACACCUGAUCAUCUUUUCUUUGUUGUGGCAAGUGAUGGCGUAUUUGAAUUCCUUACAAGCCAAACUGUUGUUGAUAUGGCUGCAAGCUAUAUGGAUCCUCGUGAUGCAUGUGCAGCUAUUGCAGAAAAGUCAUAUAAUCUAUGGUUGCAACUUGAGAACAGAACAGAUGAUAUAACAAUUAUCAUUGUUCAGAUCAAAGGCCUCUCCAAUUCAGGUACAUCUGGAUCAGAUGCGAUCAGUGCUGGUGCUGUAAUGAAUUCCAGCUCAGGAACUCCUGAGAUGCCUGCUAGCAAUGGAUCUGAUGUUAAUCCUUCUGUCAGAACCAGUUUCUCUGAGUUGCACCCCUGUCAGCCUGUGGCUUCAGGGAUAAGCCCAACCAACCAUAGAGCCAUAGAGGUUCACUCUCCAGCAUGUCCAAGACCAAUGGAAUGA